GGGGGACGUUGAGCCGAAGGAUACCCCCGUGGUGAUCAUUGAUGACCCCCCAGCCGGCCAAUCGUCUGCCACUGCUCCCCCGGAGGAUCUUGUCGAGGGUGCCUGGCCCCUUGAAACAGUACACUUCCCCAUCAAGAAGGGGACAGCCAUCAUGCAUGGCACCCUCGACCCGAGGGAAUUCUUGAGGGGUGCCACCCCUUCGGUGGAUAGGUCCACCCUUAGCCGGUUCGGGGACGAAGCCCUCGAGCUCAAGGCCCUCCAGGCCUCGGCCACUGCUAGCUUGGCCUUCGGGGAACUUGUCCGCAGGGCGGAACAGCACCGCCUCGAGAAGGCGAAGUCUGACGAGGUGACGAGGAAGCUCAUUGCCAAUAACACUGAGGCCAUCAGGCAGCUCGCUAUGUUGGAGGAGGCCCUUCGGCAGGCCGAGCAGAAGCUGGAGGGGGCCAAGAGUGAGGCGAGGGCCGAGGGCAUCGCCCAGGGGAAGGCUGAGGCAGAGAGGGCUGCCGCUGAGGCCGCCAUAGCAGCCGCCGAGGAAGCCGAAAGGGCCAAGGCCGAAGCCGUUGCUAAAGCUGCCGAGGAUGCCGUUGCCUCUUAUGUUGCCGAGGGGUGGAGGUCUGAAGAGCAAAAACCGUGGCUGGCUUCGGUCGUGGAGACUUCGGUGGAUGAUUGGGUCAAAGGCCCCGGGGCCAUGUGGCUUGCUCUGAAGGGGAAGAGUUUCUAUGAGGGGGGCCAGUAUUUCACGCAAGCCAUGCUCUACCGGAAGCUGGCUCGGCAUUUUGGGGUGGACCCCAAGGACUUUGAUCCCACGCCUUACGGCCUUCCCCCCCUGCUCCAAGACGUCAGGAUUCCCCUUCCAGAAGGCGAAGAGAGGCAGCUUCUGGAGGACUCGGAGCUGGAUAGGCUGGCCUCGGAUGAUGAAGGAGAAGCUGAGGAUGACGCCUCCUCCAAACCGAAGGGAGAUACAACAAAAGAUGUUGCAGCUUGAAGUUUUACCAAGUGUAAUGUUGUAAUAGUCUGUAGUCCCCGGCCUCGGCCAUACUUUGUGAUGAAACAUGAUUGUAUUUUAAAUAUUUUUCUUGGAUGAAUGAAUGAUCGCCUUCGGGCUCUUGUUGAUUGAAUGCCUCCGUCUCUGCAAUUUCCUCUUUAUGAUUGCUUCCUUUAUCUGCAUGAAUGUUUGGUUGAAUGCCGUAAGUUUGUGGACUUAGAAAUUUUUCCAAGUAACCUGGCAGUAAGCCUCCGGUUGUAGUGUUGAGUCUCCAGGGGCCUGUUGUUGUGGAAUAAUCAAAUUUUCCAAGUAAACUUGAUCAGAACCCUUCGGAUGUAGGGUAGAAUCAUCGGGGGGUUAGUGAUCGUGGACUUAGAAUAUUUUCUAAGUAAGAACUUUUGUUGCGAGCCUCCGGUCGUAGCGUAGGACCAACCCCCUUCGGAUGUUCGUAGUAGUAGUAGUGUAGCUUCUGGCUAUUGCCAAGUAGUUUGGG